AUGGACAAUAACUACAGAACCAUUCGCACUCAAGUUUCUCCCCUCGAUGCUAUCAAGACAGAGAUGCUGGAGCUCAAGGCUUUUGUUGGUGAACUCAAGGAAGAGUCUAAGCUUAAUCGUGAUCUUUUAUUGGAACUCAUCAAGCAGUUGUCUCCUACCUUUCCUCCCGUUCAACCCACGAAUGAUGGUGUUUUUGGCAAUAAAACUGAUGUCGGAAGAGUGAUUGCUACAGCGCGUAACUUGGCUCCUGCUCCUGUAGGAAACCCUAAUUUGCGUGGCCCUCGCGAUAUAAAUCCAGUUGUCCCUGAGAUUUUGGAGUACUGGAUCAACUCUGGCAAGGUUAACUCCCAAGGAAAUGCCAUUUACCCUGAUGCCAGAACUCGUUUGCUUGGCCUCAUUAACUUUAGUAUGAAGUCAAGUGGGGACGUCAAUGAAAGGGGUUACACUUUCAAUCAUCCGAUUGUCGUUGCUCAAUACAAAGCCCUUCGCAAGAUGUGUCUAGUUUAUCACCAACGUCUUCUUGAUGAAUACUAUUAUGUCAACGAUUUGGCCGUAGAUGACAAGGUCGUUCCAGCUUGGAGUCGUGUGGAUGAGGCAUUAAUCCUGAAGCAUGCUCUGUAUUUUGAAGCACAUGCGCAGAAGUAUGGGUUCAUCUUGCAUCGUUGUACCAACAGCUGGGGUGCCACGGCUCUGUUGGCUUCUGUCCACAAGACUCGCCGCCGUUCUGCAACAAGAGCUAUUGGUAGUACUUCUGACAGUAGCUCUUUUGAUGGUUUCUCGUCUUCUGUUUCUCUUUCUGGUAAUGGAGCUACUGGCAAUUGUCCUGGUGGUGAUGAUGGCCCAGAUGAGGGUGAAGAUGACGAUGAUAAUGAAGAUUUCCGCAACUCUACUGCUGGUCGCUUAACUGCAUCAAGAAGCGUACAUGCAACCCCAAUGGUUCCAAGAGACCCUAGUGAAUCUUACCUAGACUAUAGCUGGAGUUCCUGUUCCUCUUCAGAUUUGAUGAGCACUGUAAAGCGCUUCGUUGAAUAUUACAAGUAUCGCUUUGGACCUGCGCUUGAUAUUGAAAAUAAUCCAAGCUAUCAUUUCAUGUACUACGCACGAGCUUGUGAUUAUGAAAGAGUGCUAACGAAGCGUUUGAAUGAUGCCAGUCUGGAAGGAAAAAGCAAAGUCAAUUAUACAAUGAUGCAGUGUGUCUAUUCUUCUCUUAUAGUAGCAAUGUGCUUUACAAUGGAGGGGGAACACGUUGAUGACUUUCAAAAGCUUUCGGAUCGUUGGAUAACGUAUGUUUGGGGAGAGUGGGCUUUGAAUGAUGAUGCUGAUGACUAUUACUACUCUGAUGGUUAUGACAUGCUGUAA